AUGCAUCUUCCAAGCUAUUUCAAACGUAAAGAGCGACGAACAACCAAGGCAGCAGCAUUGAUAGCCCGUGAAUUGAAUACAUUAUACCAUGGAAUUAUUGUUAUAAUUGUUAUGGUUGUUCUUUCGAGUUUAUCGAUAGCAGCAUUAGUGAUUGGUCUGCUAAAGCGAAAUGAAUGUCCUAUUCAACCAUGGGUACCGAGAUGGCUAAUUAUCUUCGGAUCGGUUGGACUUGGCGGAUGUACACUAUUUGUUAUCAUGGCCAUCGUAAAAAUGACUUGCUGUCACAGUGAAAAACAUUGCGAAAUAGAAAAUUGUUUCAUGUGCGGUGGUUGUUUAAUGUUAAUAUUAUUCCUGUACUUCUUUGCAUGGAUGAUAACGGGAAGUGUAUGGGUAUUUGCAAUACGAAGUCGAGUGCAGUUCGAGCAUCCCCUUGAAGCAAACUACUGUCAAAAACUGCUGGAUGUUGUUUUGCAAUAUUCAAAAUAUGUGACGCCUCAGAGUAAAUUAGAUUUUACAUCUUUUCUUUCGCAAUUAUUUCCUCAGAGUCCGAUACUUUAG